CGAGGUAACUCCACUACACCAUUGUUAUGAGUACAAAGGGCAGUACUUUCAUCGGGAGGGUUUUGUACUGCUUUGAGUGAGUAAUCCGAAUACAGACAGGGCUGCUGCUUCUUCGCCGGGAAUACACAUACUCGGAAAAUGCCUUGCCUUAACCUGUCAACGAAUGUUAACCUGGAAGGCAUCGAUAUCUCCGCCAUCCUCAAAGAAGCUACUUCCGUUGUUGCUAAACACACCGGAAAACCUGAAAGCUAUGUGAUGAUUGUGUUGAAAGGAUCUGUACCGUUGUCUUUUGGAGGGACAGAGGAGCCAGCAGCGUAUGGCGAGUUGGUCUCUGUUGGGGGACUGAAUGCUCAGGUUAACAAGGAUCUGAGUGCUGCCAUUGCUACCAUACUUGAAGCCAAGCUGAAAAUCCCCAAGACACGCUAUUUCCUGAAAUUCUAUGAUUCCAAGGGCUACAACCUUGGGUGGAAUGGCUCCGUCUUCUAGCUGCCGGCGUGCCCAUAGUAUUGAACUCGGGGUUUGACUGUGCUGAAUCCUUUUAUGAACAUUGUAUAAUAUGCAUUUGAUGCAAACUAGAAUUAUGUCUAUCAUUUUACCAUCUGGGUUAGUAGACCUUGAAAUACUGACUUGCCUUUUGAAUAAUAUUCGAUGACCAAUGUCCUGGACUUCAUUUGAAGUCCUCCUUGGCUUUUGUCUCAAACGUCUCUUCCUUCAUAUAUCCAUGGUUCUUCUAUAUAAGUAUAUAUGGC